GACUCUAGUACCGAAUGAAGUCAAAACGAAUCGGUCCUUUGCUAUCUGUGCCGUGUAUUUGACGUUUACUGUCAUCGGAUGAAGACUUGUUUAUCAGUUAGACUGACUUUAAAUAGUCAUGAAUUAACUUGUUCAUGUCCACUCGAAGCAUGGGCCGCCCGUGGACUCACAGUGAAAUGUUUGAACAUCCCAGUUAGUGCACUUACAACCUAAUUAGGUACUUUUUAAAGAAUUAGGUAUAUUGUUCAGUAUUGAAAAGGGAAUCUAAAGGUUUAUAAUUAUAAUACCAAGGAAAACCAGAACAAUUUAAUUAGUGACAAUGGCAGAGCACAAUAAGGAGCUACCCAAGAUUGCAGAGAUAGAUGAACUUGGGAAUGGAACAAAAUCAGAAGUCCUGUCGUCGGCCCAGCGUGCGCGCAUCGAACGAAACCGCUUAAAGGCGCGAGCACUUCGGGACGCUCGGCUGGUGCAGCGCCCCAAUACGGACGGCGGCCCGCGACCCGCGCCCGCGCCCGACACCGGCGGCGGCUUCCUGCCAGACGAAGAAGCUGCGCCCGCGCAGCGCCCUGUAGCCCCGCCCGCACCCAUCGUGGACCCGACCGAGCGCCCGCACUGCCAGGACUGCGAGCGGCCAUUUGCGCAGUCCUACCUGUUCGACACCUUCGGGCACCCCGUGUGCGACGAGUGCAGGGACGACGACGGCGCGCACGCGUUGGUGACCCGCACGGAGGCGCGCGCAGCCUUCCUGCUGAAGGACUGCGACCUGGACCUGCGGCCGCCGCCGCUGCGCUGCGUGCGGCGCCGCAACCCGCACGGCUCGCGGCUGGGCGACAUGCGCCUGUACCUGCGCGCGCAGGUGGAGGAGCGCGCGCGCCUGGUGUGGGGCUCGGAGCGCGCGCUGGAGGAGGAGCGCGAGCGGCGCGAGGAGGCGCGCGCGCGCUCCCGCCACAACACUACGGCGCGGCGGCUGCGCGCGCUGCGCAUGGACGUGCGCUCGAGCCUGUUCGACCGCACGCGCGCCCUCCACACGCACGACUUCGGCCCGGAGCGCUACGACGAGGCCGCCGACCAGUACUCGCGAGUCUGCACUGACUGCGGCCACGUCGAAACCUAUGAGAAGAUGUAGCAUCUUUCUCCUACUCGUGUUAUGGGGUCAUCAACCAUCAUAAGCACAUUUCACACUAAUCUCAAGAACGGCUGGACCGAUUUAAUAAGAACUACUGGCAGAUUGCUGAUAUUUCAGGGAUUAACAUGAUUUAGAUUACAAAAAACUUGUUUUAAUAUGCACUUUGAAUCUAAAAUACAUGAAUGAAAAAGUUUUAA